UGAGAGCAGCUGCAGCAGCGUGCGUCUGCUGGAUGCGGUCACACAGUGUUGAGUCUCAAAGGUUUCAGCUGGAGAGCCACGGACUAGAGUUCGACUACCGGGAUACCGGCAAAGCCAGACUGAGAAAUAACUUUGUUUUUCUGGGAGUUUUUUUUUUUCACGGAGAAGUGAAGAGACAAUCCACAGCGAUCAGUUUGGAGUUGAUGAAAAAGUCAAUAAGUCCCGCUCUUGGAGACACCAGUGGAAUAUGAUUUGAAUCAAGGGAACAUACAGCGCUGUUGCACGCGAACAGGAUGAAUCGCCACUUGCUUCAUGCCGUCAUGCUGCUGUGGGCCUUGUGCCCCAGUGCGCAGUGCCAGUGUGAUAAAUCAACCAACAAACUCAACCUCUCAGUCACCUACAAUCUCCCAACGUUCACUGCAGACUUCCCCAUCCAGAACAUGGUCACGCUAGAUGGAAUUAUCUACGUCGGGGCUGUAAACAGAAUCUAUGCCCUGGCCCCGAACCUCACGAAGCUGUCGGAGUACCACACAGGGCCGCUGUUUUCCAACCAGACUUGUGGCCAGAAACUGACCGGCACGACUGGCGGUGGAAGAGUGGACAACCACAACAUUGCCUUGGUGGUGGAGAACAUUUACGACAAGGGUUUGUACAGCUGUGGCUCGGCAGACAAUGGUGUUUGCCGCCGUCAUGUCCUGGAUGAUGAUAUUAGCCCAAAAACCGUUGAUGAGCAGGUCUACUGCUUCGCCAACAAGGUAAUGCAAGGUAAGGGCCAACCCAGCGACUCAGAUGUCGUGGUCAGCCCUUCAGGCUCUCAGGUGCUCAAUGUGGAGAGCAACGUCAUCAAGUUUUUUGUUGGGAACUCUGAGAUCCCAGGUACAGGAAACAUAACGGGCAAUUCAACACACCCCCAUACCAUUUCUCUGCGGAAGAUGAAGACAAGCCAAAACGGCUUCACUUUCUUCUCCAACCACUCAUACAUGGACCUGAUUCCACCUCUACGUGGAAACUACUACCUGCGAUACGUUUACUCCUUCCACAGUGGACCCUUCACCUACUUCCUUACAGUGCAGCGGGUGAACAGGGACUCCCAGGCCUACCACACCCGAAUAGUCCGUAUGUGCUCCUCAGACCUUGUGAUCCGCCGUUAUGUGGAGAUGCCCCUUGAAUGCAUCAGCACAGAUAAAAGGCGACGACGCUCCACGGAAGAUUUAAAGGUAUUCAACAUCAUCCAGGCAGCCCACGUCACCAAGGUGGGCAAUGACAUUGAACUUCAGAAGCAUCUGAAGGUAGAAGCGGGUGAUGACGUGCUGUUCGCUGCCUUUGCCCGGGGAAAGCCGAACUCUCCGGAGCCGACCCCUAACUCAGCCGUCUGCGUCAUGUCCCUGAAACACAUCAACAAACUGUUCAAGCUGUACAUGCAGAUGUGCAACACAGUAGACCCAUAUCACUUCACUGGAUCAAACAAGAAGUCCUGCUACAAUGUGACUUCAUCGGAUGAAUGCGACCCACAUGAAGGAAUCCAUGAAGGGAAAGAGGGCAAGUACCACCUGCAGGUGACCCAGUUUGUCCAAAGGUUGGAGUACUGGCACAAAGAUUUGACAAACACCUUGGUUACCUCUAUCACGGUGGUGCCAGUCCGUGGCCGUGCAGUGGCAUACCUGGGCACCGCCGAUGGACGGCACAUACAGGUGCUGUGUUCCCGAGUUGCCUCUCCCCAUGUAGACAUCCGCCUGGACUCGAGACCCGUCUCCGCCAGUGUAACGCUGCUGGAUGCUGACCACUCUGAGGGAGCCUUGCUAAUGGCCACAGGAAACAAGAUCACUAAGGUCCCUCUGAUUGGCCCCGGCUGUGAUCAGCUGAGCACCUGUACUUCCUGUUUGCUGUCUUCGCGGGUGACAGAAUGUGGCUGGUGUGACGGUCGCUGCACUAAAGCCAACCAAUGUCCCUCCACCUCCCUCUGGACCCAGGAGUACUGCACACCUAUCAUCACCAAGGUUUUCCCGACCUCUGGACCAAUACGAGGCUCUACAGUGGUGACAAUGUGCGGGCACAACUUCGGUUUCGACAAGACAGAGAACUUCAAUGCCGCUCUGGUAACAUUGGAGGUGGCAGGAGCUCUGUGCAAACUGCCCAAACAAGACAGAAUCAACAGGUGGACUGAGAUUCAGUGUUCCCCAGUGUUCAGUGGGAAUUUCACCCCAUCAGGACACACAGUGAAGGUCACCAGUGGCCACAAGGUAGCCAAGAUGGAGGGCUUCACCUUUGUGGACCCGGUGAUUGAUGAAAUAUUCCCGGCAUUUGGGCCCAAGUCGGGAAACACCAUGCUGACCAUCAGAGGAGCCUUCCUGGACACUGGAAACAAACGAGAGGUGAUGAUAGGAAAAGCAGCCUGUAAGAUCCAGAGCUUGUCGUCUAACAUGCUGACCUGUAAGACGCCUCCACACGCUUUUCCAUCCAAGCAACCCGUGAAGCUGACGGUGGAUUCGGUGGAGCGCCUCGCCCCUGUCCUGUUCACCUACAACCAAGAUCCCAUCAUCAGCAGUAUCCAGCCCUCGCGCUCCUUCGUCAGCGGAGGCUGUACGGUGGCGGCUCAUGGCUUCCACCUCCAGUCCGGCCUCCAGCCCCAGAUGGUCCUCACCACCGGUCAGGAUGCUGAGGUGUUUCAUGUGAGCUGCGUGUAUGGUGAGAACCGGACGUCCAUUCAGUGCACCACGCCUUCUCUGGCCAAACUGGCUCUGCAGCCGCCCGUCGUCACCAAGGUGGCGUUCGUCCUGGACGGCUACUACACGAAUCAGUGGGACCUGAUCUAUGUGGAGGACCCCCUCUUCCAGGACCCAAAGCUCACCUCCAAGGACAACAAAAGCAUUGUGGAGCUCAAGGGUGACCGGAUGGACAGGGAGGCAAUGAAGUGUCAGGUUCUGACUGUUUCCAACCACAGCUGUGAGAGCCUGACUCUGGUCGGAAACACUCUGGAGUGCACCGUUCCCACCGAGCUGCAUGCCACCCCCGCCAAGGAGCUGCAGGUGGAGUGGCGCCAGGCGGACUCCAUCAGGCAUCUGGGCAAGGUGACGCUGGCUCAGGAACAGGACUACACAGGCCUCAUCGUGGGCUGUGUGUGUGUUAGCCUACUGCUGCUGCUGCUGGGAACUCUGCUCAUGUGGAGGAGGAACAAACACAUUGAUGAUCUGUCUGAGGUGUGGUAUGAUGGCCGGGGUCACAUCCAGCAUCUGGACAGGCUGGCUAACGCGAGGAGCGUCAGCCCCACUAACGAAAUGGUCUCCCACGAGUCAGUCGACUAUAGAACAACCCUGCUGGAGGAUCAGGGCACUGACAGGCCAGAGACAUGCCGGGCGGCUCCUCCCAUCUACGGAGGCAACGGGGAGCUGCUGUCUCCCAGACGGGGGGCACUGGGACCUGGGAUGGGUCUGGGAAUGGGAAUGGAGGGGGAACUGGUGUCACCCCUACUGAUGGCCCCGGUCCACAUCGACCCAUCCUGCCUCCACCCAGACCUGCUAACUGAGGUCCAGCACGUGGUGAUUGCCAGGGAGCAGCUGCUGCUCCACCUCCACCAGGUCAUUGGCAGAGGUCACUUCGGCUGUGUUUUUCAUGGAACUCUGCUUGAGCCAGAUGGGCAGAAGCAGCACUGUGCCGUCAAGUCCCUUAACCGCAUCACAGAUCUGGAAGAGGUGUCCCAGUUCCUGAAGGAGGGGAUCAUCAUGAAGGACUUCAGCCAUCCUAACGUUCUGUCUCUACUGGGAAUCUGCCUGCCGCCAGAGGGCUCGCCACUGGUGGUUCUGCCGUAUAUGAAGCAUGGCGACCUGCGCAACUUCAUCCGCGAUGAGGGACACAACCCGACAGUGAAAGACCUGAUGGGCUUUGGGCUGCAGGUGGCCAGAGGGAUGGAGUAUCUGGCCAGCAAGAAGUUUGUCCAUCGAGACCUAGCUGCCAGGAACUGCAUGCUGGAUGAGAGCUACACAGUGAAGGUGGCAGACUUCGGUCUGGCUAGAGACGUUUAUGAUAAAGAAUAUUACAGCGUCCACAACAAGAGUGGAGUCAAGCUGCCAGUCAAAUGGAUGGCUCUGGAGAGUCUGCAGACACACAAGUUCACCUCCAAGUCAGACGUGUGGUCAUUUGGCGUGUUGCUAUGGGAACUAAUGACCCGUGGAGCCCCACCAUAUUCUGAUGUGAACUCCUUUGACAUCACCGUGUUCCUCCUGCAAGGGAGGAGGCUGCUGCAGCCCGAGUUCUGCCCUGACGCCCUCUACACGGUGAUGAUCGAGUGCUGGCACCCAAAGCCGGAGCGGCGUCCCUCCUUCUCCGAGCUGGUGUCACGCAUCUCCGCCAUCUUCUCAAGCUUCAGCGGGGAGCACUACAUCCUGCUCAACACCACCUACGUCAACAUCGACAAGAUGAGCCCUUACCCUUCCCUCCUCGCCUCCUCCACCACCACUGCUUCCUCCUCUACAUCUUCCUCAUCCGACUUCACCUCCACGUCCCUGCCAACCCCAUCCCCCCUCUUUUGCCACGUGGAGCGAGACUGCUGCACCUGAGGGAGGAAAAUGGAGGGAAGAUUGGUGGAAAAAGACUCAGAAAUUGAGAAAAAAAGAGCAAGGAAGAAAGCAGUGAGAUGAUGAAGAACUACUGUAUAUACUUGCCAAACACUGGACACUGUAUGCUGAGGGAAAACACGGACAGUUUUAGGAGCUUUGACCCAAUGUACAUAGAUCAUCGACCUUCUUGAGCAUCCCUGAACGACAGUUCUCCACGAACUACAGGGCUGACCUUAUCGACCUCGGCCAACCUUUCCGACCUUUCAGCGACCCCGGGGAGUGUAAGGUCAGCCUUCCUGCGUCCUCGACAAGACAAUUACAAGGCCCAGGAACUCCUCCUCGAAGACUCCCAACGGACAAAGCCACUGUCACAGAAGCACAACACUAUUCAUCAAACACCCAAAAAGUCUCAUUGACUGCUGCGCCCACACAGGGAGAGGAUAGAUUUUAUGUUUCCGCUCUCCUCUGGGUGGCUUGAGCUUCGAUAUGCGGAUGUGGCACGGAACCGUUUCACUGCCUGUAAUGUGAAUGUUUGACUAAUGGCCAUGUAUUGUGUCGUGUAGAAUAUGUCACACCUCCACACGGCAAGAAAAAGACUAUAUGCCACCCUUGCAUGCCCCGUGCAGGCACUCAGAGAGAAUGAAGCAUGUUUUUGACAGAUUGUGGUGCCUCGGGUAAGUAAACCAAGGCUUUCUGGAAGUGGGUAACAGGGGGAAGGGCAGCGUAGGUGUGGGGUGGGAAAAAAAAAACUGCUGCCUGUGUGCAGUACACUGGAUGCUUUAUUUGUAUAAUUAUCUUUGGACGUUUAGCUUUUGAUUUGCUUGGAAAAAAAACUGGUCUCGCAGCCUCGUCGUGAAUCACCUGUGUGAAAGCCCCAGAUGUUUCCAAGUAAAAAGGGUUAGAAUCGCCUGGUAUUUUCCUUUUAGUUUUUUUCUUUUUGUUUUGUUUUUUAAACCUGAAACGUCAUGUCAGUACAGUACAACUCUAACAACAUCCACACGCUUGAAAGCUUUGAGGUUUUCUUGGAAAGAAGAAGGAGAACAAAUGAGAGCCGUGUACUGCGUUUUUUCUGUCAAUUGAUGAACUGUCCGAGCCGCUUAUGUGUGUCAGUUCUUUUGUCUGUUUUGUAUGACUUAUAUUUUAUUGACAGAGAACAUGCCGUAACUGAUAAAAUGAUACCUUGCAGUUUGCAGCCAGACUCAUGUUUGGUUCAUUUAAUCAGAGACCUAAAAGUAACUCUUCAGCAUUUUAUUAAAUAACCUUUGGUCAACAUUUCAACAAAGAGUUUCUUGUUCCUUUCUGGAAGCCUCAAGUAAAACUUUUACCUCAGAAGGGUCCCUGCGUUCCUCUGGCUUCAAACCAGCAGUAUGUUAUUAUGUGACUAUCAGUGACAGCUGUGUAUCACUGUAUCUGCAUUAAGCCAUUAUGAAGACAUAUUCUGAUGUUUAAAGAGAACUCACAUCACAACUCAAAAUGUACAAUUUACAUGUUCGUUGACCUUUUUUAAAAGCAUGCUUUACAGUUUUAGUUUAUGUAUCUAUUUUUCUAGGCAGACACUGGCUUCCAUUAAUUUCAGCCCAGGAUGAAACUCAGAUUAUUUAAACCUACUACAAGGAGUUUUAAACUGGUCAUGAAACAAGGCAGUGGAAACACUAACGCUUCAGUCCACAGGAGCUGCCAGAAUAAACAGAGUGAAUUGUAGCUUCUUUAAACUUUCUUGUGUUGUGUAAUCCAUCAUAUUCUACAUAACGUUCACACAUUAUUAUUAUUUAUAUAUUAUUGCUGUGAGGUAAUGCAGACUACGUUAUGUCAUAAUGUAAUGUGCCAAUUGAUGAUCAUAUCAAUAAUGGACUAUUAGACGAAUGCCAAUUGCUGAGGAUAGCAGAUGCAUCAUGUAUUGAAUGAAAAAAUCAGUUUCCUGUAGUAAUCCACUACUAAUCCUCAAUAUGAGUUUUACAUUUAUGACUGAAAUAUUAUUGAAAAUAGCCAAAUGUCUGCUUCCUUCAGCACAUUUAUAUGUGAUAUACUGUGAUGGAUUACACAACUUAAGUAAGUUGUCUGAUAUUCAUAUUGUACAGGAAUGAAUGGAAACUGAAAUAUAAGCCUGGUUAGCUGUGAUGCAGAGUAAACAGUUUGUUGCUAAUGGGCUAAAACUUUCAAACCACUGCUGUGGUCAAUGCCCCCUUUUAUGUUUGCUUUGUGUAGCAGAUUUUGUUUUGUUUUUUGUUUUUUUUAAAUCUGAAUGGCUGCUGAUGUGACUGGGCCAUUGACGGACAGGUAUGAAUGUUUGCUAUGACAAGAAAAUUGCUGUACUAUAUUUUUGUAUUGAUAAUUAGCCUCUUCCUUAAACCUGGUCCAGCUGGAAGACCAGUGGUGAAUGAACAGUGCCAUGAACAAUGAACACAGCCACCUAAUCAAUCCAAGACAAACCACUGCCAUGUUGUAAAUAAAGAGAAGGGAUUGUGAGGAGCUGCGCAUCUGUCUGACAAACAUGUGAUAUGCUCCUUUUAGCUUCUGAUCAUUACAGUGCUAAAUCAUUGUGAAAACACCUCACACCCCAUACGAAACUCAAGAAAAGACUGCUGUCACUUUGAUCAUGUGAUUCUCCACCACUUUGCCUGUGCUUAACACUGUCUGUUCUGUGUGUUGGUGUAUGUAUGAUUUUGUUGUCCAUAAAGAAGGUACAUGUUGCUAUGUAAUGUCCAAUCAACUUUGUCAGUGUAAUAAAGCUAUACUAUCAGAGUCA